ACGUGAGAACUCGUAGUUCAUUCACAACACAAGAUUCAGUCUUGGAUCUACUAGUGUAGGGUUAGGGUGCGUGGUCUAUGGAUUAAACUUUCGAACAGUGAACAUUGUGCCGUGUGUAUAAAACCUUAAUCAUUUCGACAUCAUUGCUGACAUGCUGUUGAUGGGUUAACCUGACAAAGAGGAAGAUGCUCAAGUACGUGCAGGUGUCGCCGUACCGGAGCACGUCCGCCCUGGGGGUGGUGCGACGCCCGGGGGAGGGAGGGGUGGGGGACGACUCUGUCACCCUCUCCUCCCCCUCCACCCGCACCUCCUCCGCCUCCAGCCACGCCUACGCCGCCUCGUCCUCGGGGUCGUCCUCGGGGUCGUCCUCGGGGUCGUCCUCGGGGGCAGGGGCGGGGCGAGUGGUGGGGCGGGCAGACAGUGUUAGCCUCAACAGCUCCAUGUCGUGCUCCAGUCUGAGUCAAGACCCACUCAGCUCCCGCUCCUCCUCCUCCACCUCCCUUCACGACACCUCCAAGACUGUCUCUAUACCACCCACCACCACCAAGACGACGGUCCGCGUAUGGGUGAGGUGCCUGAUGCAGGAGAUGGAGUACAAGACGGUGUGCAUAGCGUACUCCACCACCUGCAGGGAGCUAGUCCACUCCAUACUGUCAAAGUUUAAAAUGAAACAUAGAGAUCCGAAUCUGUUCUACUUAACCAUGGAAGUCACAGUCCGAAAAACUGGAGGCAUUAUGAGGACCACCCUCACUUUGGAGGACGACUCGAGACCAGCAGAACUUCAGUCAUGUCACCCAAGAGGAGACUCCAAGCUGGCCCUGAAGAUGCGACCAGGCGGCCUUCUCAGGGUGUACGACGGCGCCCUGGUCCCUGGGUCGCAGUACAAGAGUUUGCUGGUGAGCGAGAGGACCAGCUGUGAGGAGCUGGUGGGUCUGGUCUUACAGUGCAACAAUAUUCACGAUAACGUCAACAACUUCUCCAUUUACGAGGUGCGUCGAAUCGACGGAAGAGAACGCAAACUUCAUCAAGACGAAAAACCAUUGAGACUGACCUGCCGGUGGGCUUCCCGAGACCACGCAUGUCUGGUGGUACGCCACACUCCCUGUUUAGACCCAACACAUGCUCAGAUUUCUCCACUCUCAACCUUAAGAGCAUCCCUAAGACGGUCUUGUGUUAAGAAAAUCAGCUCUAGUGUUCAUCAAAAAACCAUUCAAGAAUUAUCAUCAUCAUCCACAUCAUCCUCUUCACCAGUGGAGGUCACAUCAGACAACAUGAUACCCUCUACUACAAUUACUAUUUCCCCUAAUGGAGCCUCUACAGUCGUAGUAAACACAUCAACUAUUAACUCGAACCUCAGUAAUAAUGACAACAACUGCUGGAAGUCUACAAAUGACAAUGAGACGGCAGAAAGCAAUGAGGAGCCUUGCCCAGUUCCUCCACUAAGAAGUCCAAGACCAAUACCACCUUUCAGGACACCAGUACGACGCCAGCUGCCGUGGACCCAGAGUGUGGAUUUGGUUGAGACCCCAGUAGAUGAUGACGAUAACACUGACCUCCACACUAAUAUAAGAACACGGAGGGCUCAUUCAUACAAUGAUUAUGAAAAUUAUUUUUAUAUAUAAUCUUUCCUGAGUGAAAUUUAGAAAUUACGGUAUAUAUAAUGAGGAAAAGACAAGUGAAUUAAGAAUUAUUAUUAUUAACCUAUGACAUUUAAACUACAUAUAUCAGGUAUAUAAUAAUUUGGUUGCAUAUGUGAAUGAAGUACAGAGUGCAGUAAACUCUUGGAUUAACAUAAGAAGGCAAAUUUUGUUCUACAGACACUUAAUAUUGGGACUUGUGUGUAAAUAUUGCUGCAUGAUAUGUCACAGUAUUAUCAUUUUACUUGUACACAGUAGUACUUUAUAAACAGAUCUGUGUAUUAGAAAGAUAUUUUGUAUUUGCGUUAAAUUUAAACACCCAGCUUUAAAUUAUAGCAUUAGUUGAGUGUACUGUAUUGUAGGUAUGCAUUAUAAAAUAACCAUAGGAUUUAGUCAGUUAUGUUAUAUUGUAUAUCCUACACUUACAAAUACAAGUGCCAAUUUUGUGUUAACUUGCAUCAUACUGCAUCUCGGUGCCCAGCCUGCAUAUACAGUGCACAUGAUAAUGCCAAACAAUUUAUAGAGAAAUUUUGUUAAAAUUUCCAGUCCCUUAUCUUAGAAUUGGUUCAACUGAGCUCAAAGUUCUGACAGUGAUAGUUACUCUAUGUUGAGUGUACACCUGAUUAGAGAUUUGUUGCCUGUAUUGGUUUUAUCAAGUUUGAUUGACAUUUAAUUCAGCUUUAAUUAAACAACUCUACUCUCAACAUGUUACAAUUCUUACAUUUUAAUAUGUACACUGUUUCAAAGCUUUCUCAGGCUAAUAUGUCGUGCCUGUUGGCCAUUAACACAGUCUCAGAAGCUGUUGGUGAAAGUAACCAAAAAGCUUACAUAUGAUAUUAUGCUACAGUAUCUAAAAAAAAUUGAAAUAUUAGAAUUUAGUAUAUUACUUAAAAAAAUCUAGUUAUCACUAGUAUGUGUUAGUGCCUUAUGUAGAUGGGCUUAGCCAACAGUUAACAGACUUGUGGGAUGUUAUCAUUGGCUUUUGGCAACAAAUAUAUAAUGUACAGAAUAGUACCAAUGAAAUGAAGAAAAUUUGUGUUUACUUUUCAGUUUAUAUUUUGAUGUACUGUAUUAAAUUUUGUCUACAUUCAAAUUUGCAUUAAUACACUGUAUUUGUAAAGUAAAUAUGACCAAAUUUUAAACUUUUGUCUUGUAUUCUUUGCUUGUACAGCUGCUUGCUUAUGAGCAUAAAAACACAAUUUCAGGAUUUAGUGUUAUUGAAGAAAGAAUUACACAAGGAGUUCAUGUUGUUAGUCCAUAUCAAUGUACAGUAAUUAAGAAAAAGUUUCUUUUUGUUUAUACAAAAAGAGUCCUGGUAGUACUCGUAAUGUCGGGUUGAACCCGUAAUGAACCUGUAAUGUCGGGUUCAUUCUUGACUCGCAAUUGAGAAGUCUAGGUUCGAAUUCCAGGCGGGACAGAAAUGGUUGGACGCAUUACUGAGCGCCUGAUGUCACUGUUCACUUAGCAGUAAGUAGGUACCCAGGAGUUAGUCAGCUUGUUGUGGGCCUGCAUCCUGGGCGGGGUCAGAAAUUUGACCUCUUGGCCUCGAUUUAAGCCUAGUGUGUAUGAAUACACUAUAUUCAUGUAUUUUUUUUAUUUUUACACAUAUCGUCAUUGCUUUCUCAGAAAUACUGUAGUGCUAUAAUGUAUUUUUAUGUCCUAAUUUUAUAAAAAAGCAAAUUUUGUUUUUGUUUAAUAGAAAUUUGUGUAAUUAUAUAAUUUCUUUGUAUGAUGUACAUAUAGUCUGUUCAACAGACCCUGACUAUGGGGUACAUAAUAGCAAAGAUUUUUCUCUGUCCUCUUGGCUAAUUCCAGGGAUUUUGUAUUACAAAUUUACAGUAUUCAGUUUUACAUAUCAAUUAAAUAGAAAAUGGUUAAAUAUACCCAAAGACUUUAAUGCCAGGUGCAUUCUCACAGUAGGUAAUACAGUCAUCUCAAAAUUUUUGCUCUUAAUUCUUCUUAUUUUUAAACUGGAUUAAUAUGUUUUGAGUUAGUAAAAUAUAGGCUAGACAUUAUUGGUCACCUACAUUAUGUCCAGCUGCCUCUGGCAUACAUUUUUUAUACACAAAUACCAAGUACAUAGAAAUUUUUAUGCUUGAAAUUUUAGUAGUUGAUCUAAUUGCUCUCACUCUAUGGGUUCUGUAUAUAAUCUCAUAUAGGUAAGCAUCAUGGUUUAAAUCAAACUUUAGGAAUUAGCUUUUGAAAUUAAACAGUUUGUGUAUUUGUUUUCAGGUUCAGAUUUUUUACAGUACAGUAUAUUUUUUGUAGUUUAUUACAAAACGUACUUAUUUCGUGUAUUUCUUUUAUCAUGUGAGAGUACACUUGGAUAUAUUUUUAAAUGAAAGUAUGUAUUGUGUGCAUAAUCUGUUAUUCAUCAAUUUUCAUAAGCUUUGUGUAUAAGUAUGAGUGUAAGUGUGUAAUAUGUUGAUUGUACAAAUACUUUUUGUGCUUUGAGAUUGUGCUAAUGUGCACAAAACUGCUCAAGUGCUACCUUAGUCAUUGAAAGAGCUGUAAAGUGAUCAAACUUGUAUUAUAUGUCCCAGACACUGUUGUCAAACUUGUAUUAUGUCUGUUUCAGACUCUCAGUGGUCAGACUCAUAUUGUGUCUGUCCCAGACUCCCAAUGGUCAGACUUGUAUUGUGUCUGUCCCAGACUUCCAAUGGUCAGACUUGUAUUAUGUCUGUCUCAGACUCCCAAUGGUCAGACUUGUAUUAUGUCUGUCCCAGACUCUCAGUGGUCAGACUCGUAUUGUGUCUGUCCCAGACUCCCCAUGAUCAGACUCGUAUUGUGUCUGUCCCAGACUCCCCAUGGUCAGACUUGUAUUAUGUCUGUUCCAGACUUCCAAUGGUCAGACUUGUAUUAUGUCUGUCCCAGACUUCCAAUGGUCAGACUUGUAUUGAGUCUGUCCCAGACUCUCAGUGGUCAGACUUGUAUUAUGUCUGUCCCAGACUCUCAAUGGUCAGACUCGUAUUAUGUCUGUCCCAGACUUCCAAUGGUCAGACUCGUAUUAUGUCUGUACCAGACUCCCAAUGGUCAGACUUGUAUUAUGUCUGUACCAGACUCCCAAUGAACAGAAAAGGUAUUUUAUUUUACUGUAUUAAUCACUUCAAUUACAAAAAGUAUUUAUGUUCUUGCCAUGACUUUUUCAUUUUUUUUCUAAAUAUUGUUACUGAUACAUUCAGUAGAGCUUUAAGUUGUAUAUAAUUUUGUAAAUGUGUGUAUGUAUUGUAUAAUACAUAUUGCCAAAGAUUGUUAAGUUUAAUUUGAAAUAUAUAUUGACAAGACACA